GUUAUAAGGGAAAAUGCAGGCAUGCAAGAAGUCUGUAAUUUUAAUUAAUAUAAUAUUAUCUUAAUAAUACUAUAAACGUCGUGUUUAGUUUCAUGUAUGUAUAUUAUCAUAUGAUAUUUUAAAAUGUUAGCUCAACAAAUGUUUAUCAUGAAAUUUAAAAAAAAAGUAUACUUUAGCAAAGCGUUUAUUAAAAAUAGACAUUAAGUAUUAAUUGCACAUGUAUCUUACUUGCAUAAAGAAAUUAUAAAUGUAAUACUGCCAUGAUUUACUUUGAAUCUGCAUUUAUUUGAUUGAGCACUACUGCCAUUUUUUAAAGUUUAGACAUGUAUAUGUACACUGAUACAAUGAAAACCCUGUUUAUAGUGUAAAUUAAUCAAGAAGCGUAAACUGUAAAUUUACUGUAGAGAUAUAUACAUAUAAUACAAUAAAUGUAGCUAUAAAUGUAAUAUUAUAUUAUAUACAUAUACACUAUGUGAGUGCAUAUAUAUAUAUAUGUAUACAUACAUACUAGUGUUAUAUAAUUCACUGUGUACUUUUUUUGACGGCUACGAACGUACGUUUGUUUCUGAUUAGCGAUUCAACUUGAAUGUCAGAAAGUGUAAAUUUACUUUAUCGAAAUCUAAUAAUAAAAAGCUUUCAAAGUUGAUUAUUUGAUUUUUUUGCGACGCAAAUCUAAUCCCGGUGUUACAUUUGAAACCCCUGCAAAAUUGAAAACAAUCCUAAAUUACUUACGCAUAUAUGUAUGUAUACACCUGUGCGGUGAAACCCAAUCAGCGCGCGAGAACUGGUUGGUCUAUUCACCUUGUCGCGGUUGCUCGAUCGCGUCGUCAUCUUUCGGUGACACUUGGCAGGCGCAACCUAACCUUAAACCUUCUACCCUGGAGAGCGGCUGUAUGUAUAGGAUAUAUAUCGCAUACACGCACGCACACCGUCAGACUUUUACCUUUUUCUCAAACGUUUGCAAACUCAUUAUUUAUAUUGGUGCUCUCCUCUGUCGCUCUGCUGGACAUUCGUUGCUCUGAAACAGAAAAAUUACUUGAAGGCACAUAAGGCACAUACACCGAAAUACGGCGUCGAUAAUGCAGCGAUAGGAAGAAGCGAUAGCAAAAUCGCAGUGAAGCCGGGGCAGGAGGCAAUAAAAAUAUAGAGGGGAGUAACGGACGAUCCGCCGCCGACGCUGCCGAGUGCCGACGACGACGACGCAGACAGGCAGCUGCAGCAGCCAGACUCGACACAGAGUGCGCGGGCCGUAAAAUACGAUAUAUGUUCUGAGACAAGCACCGACAACAUGAUCAAGAGCGGCGAAGAUAAUCUUCGGCAGCAGUACGUCCAGACAGUGGAGUUUACUGGCCGAGAGGAUCAUCAAACAGUUGAAAUUGUGAGCACUAAAGUCGAUGUAAUACCAUCGCCUGGCGGUCACAACCAUGGAAGUUCAAAAGUGAAAUUAAAAAAUAUCGUUGACUUCACUUGGGAACACAGGUACUAUGUUGGUCAGCUGUUGGCAGUUCAUAUGUCUGGAAAAUAUCUUGCCUACGGUAUAAAAGCUGGAAAUGGCAAUGGAGUAGUGCGGGUUGUAAAUAAAGAACUGGAACAGAGAACGCUCAUCAGAGGCAUGCGAGGCCUCAUUCAGGAUCUUGCUUUUGCACAUGUUUCAAAUCCUAUUUUAGCAUGUGUUGACUAUACAGGAAGUUUAUUUGUCUAUUCUAUUGAAGCUACAAGUAGCGAGUUAAUAUGCAGUCGAGUUUUACAAGUUGAUGCAGAUGAUCCUUCACCUAUGAGUCACAGAGUUAUAUGGUGCCCAUAUAUUCCUGAAGAGGAGGCAACAGAUGGAGAUGAAGUUUCAAAAUUACUAGCACUCACUAGAGGUUCAAAGGCGGAGUUGUGGUCCAUAGCAGCUGCAUCUCGACUUUUUAAUACUGCAAUCAAGGCCACGGAUCCAGAGAUAAAAGAAAAUAGUGUAAUGCUGGAAAUCUAUCAACACUCUGGAACUAUCGUUGAGGCAACAUUUAGCCCAGAUGGUACUGCGCUUGCAACAGCCAGCUCCGAUGGUGAAGUCAAAUUUUUCCAGGUUUACUUACAUGGGGCAACAUGUGGACAGCAGCCACCUAGAUGUUUACAUCAGUGGAGACCUCAUGAUGGAAAACCCAUAUCUUCCCUCUUUUUCUUAGAUGAUCACAAAAACUAUCAUCCUGAUGCGCAGUUCUGGAGGUUUGCUGUCACAGGAUGCGAUAAUAAUUCAGAACUUAAAGUCUGGUCUUGUGAAUUGUGGACUUGUUUGCAAACCAUCAAAUUUUCACCUAUGCCCAAUACGCAAAAGACACCAGUGUUAAAGGCCAGGUUGGAUCUUGCUGCCAGUUAUCUCCUGCUCUCGGAUAUCUAUAACAAAGUACUGUACAUACUAAGUAUUUCAAAAGACAGCGAGGAGGCAGUGGCUUGUAUAACCACGGUGUCCGAGUUCCUGUUGCCAUAUCCCAUUUUGAGCUUUGCAAUAGUGGAUGCAGGUCAAAGGCGAUUGAAGCCCACUAGCGAAUCGUUGGAAGAUUUAUGUCCAUGCGACGAUGAAAACGAAGAUCAACUUGUAAUAAGAAUGUACCUUGUUCAGCCAAAAUCUCUGCAAGAGUGUCAUAUUGCUUUUAGGCCUCCCAUGCAAAUGAGUGGAAACUGUCUGAUGGAUACAUUGACGCAUGAUUCAUUAGUAUAUUCCGAAGAUCCGCUUGAUAUUGGAGCAAUCAGUUACAAUAGUAUUAUUGUUGGAGUGAAUGAUGAUGACGAAGGGGAAAACGGAGAAGAAGACGCAAACAUAACCGAAGCGGUUGAACUGACCAAUCACACGGCUCAAUUGAACUUAAUGACACCCGAUGCCUUCAGCUCACCUGCCAAAAAAGAAAGUGCAUUGGAUUCGAAAUCUUCUAGUCCACAGUUAGGAAAUAUUGAAUCGGCUAGUCCUUCUAUAGCGCAAACCGUACAAGCACUUAAUGCAGCAGAUCAACCGCUUGCCACUAGUAAACUUGAAGAACAAGCACCACCUAGCGGUGGGAGCAGCCCUUCAAGAGAAGUUUGUGAAAUCUUGUCACUUGCUGAACCCGAAGAAAGUGAAACUGAUGCUAAGCCAGAGCCGACUACCGCAAAUAAUGAAAACUGGUCGCAAAUUCCUAUGUGCCUGAUAAAAGAUGCAAUUCAUGCGAUGCAGGAGCAAGGAAAGGAAGACGUGGCUGACGGCCAACUAAACAUAAAAAAAGAACCUUCGCCAGUGCUAGUAGUACCAGAGGACACACAAAGCAAGUGGAACUUUACUAACGAUAUCUAUGCAAUCACGAACAAACUUGACUCCGUUCUUGAGCUUAUUCAGGAUCAGCAACAGGAAAUCAGUGAACUUAGAAUUGAGGUGACAAGACUUCGUCAAGAAACUCCUUUGACGAACCGAGUGGAAUCUGCGCUCGCGAAAGCUACUCAGCAACAAAAUGCAAACAUCGAGCAGACGUUAUCUAAUCAAGUAACGCAACAGCGCGAAUUCCUUAACAGUCUUGAAGUCGCUGUGAAGGAAAACAUCGAGAAAACUAUACCAAUGGUUGUUCAGGAUAUUGUAGAGCCGUUGAAAAGACAGUUGAGGAUAGACGCUUCACAAAUCGAUGGGAUUGUGAAAGACAAUAUGACGAAAAUGCUGGGUGGGCCACAGGUUCGAGAAGCAGUUUCAGUAGCAGCAGCGAAUGCUGCAAGACCAGCGCUGGAACACGCUUUUAGAGAAGCCUUUACGGGCAUUCUGAUGCCCGGCAUGGAGAAGGCUUGUCAAAAUAUGUUUAAGCAAGUUCAGGACGCUUUUCUUAUCGGUACUCGAGAAUAUCUUCAAAACGUUGACUCCAUCAUGGAUAAACAAUAUCAGCGGCAAAAUAAACAACAAAGCGAGGCUUUGGCUAAUGCAGUGCGCGAAGAGAUGCAAAACGAAUUUUCUAGAGGUUUGUCAAUGAUGCAGGAGAACACUAUUCGAAGUGUACGCGACUCAGUGAGAGAAAACUUUACUCAACAUAUGUCAGACAUUUCCGGUAUACGCUCAAGAGCGACAACUCCUGGUCUGCCUGGUCCAACGGUGGCCGAUGCACAAGCACGAGUCAUGUCGCUACUACAGCGAGGACAAUUGAAUGCGGCAUUCCAACAGGCACUGAGCGCCAGCGAUCUUGGUCUGGUGGUGCUGGUUUGCGAUAACACAGAUCCUGCUAGAGUGUUCUCAGCAUCUAUGGGUCCAGGUCAGGGCUCAAGGUGUGUGCUGCAGCAACCCGUUUUGUUGUCGCUCGUCCAGCAACUAUCUGCGAAUUUGGGCCACAGAACUGAAUUAAAACACAGAUGGCUGGAAGAAGCUGUAAUUAGUUUGGACCCAAGCGAUCCAGUGACGCGUGAACAUAUGUUAACGGUAUUGUUGACAUUGCAAAAUCAAGUGGCUGCUUUUAUAACUGCGAACCCGAAUCACCGAUCAGUAAGGCGAUUGAAAAUGGUUGCGAUGGCUGCCCACGCUCUUUUGAAACCUUCAUAAGCUUUCUUAAUGUUAUAAACAAUAACGAUAUAGAGAUUUUUCAUUUUGCGAUAACUUUUUAAAGUAUAAAAUAGUUUCUGCGUAUUCGUCGCAUAUAAGACUGGAGAUAAGUUUUAUUUAACGUACAUUAUCAUCAAUGAAUGAAUGGUGUUGAAUUUAUUAUUUUAUCUAAAAAUUUAUUUAAAAAUAUAUAAAGUUGGUUUAAGAAACAUUUUAGUUGAAAGUAAAGUCUUGCCUAUGGAACUUUUAUACCGAAAUUUGAUGGAAAAUGUACAUUAAAAAAUCUCCCCUUCUAUAACAAUUUUUUAUUAUUUUACAAAAUAUUUCGUUUUAAACAGGUCUAGUUUAUUUUAUUAUACAGUUUGUGAACUUUUUUACUGUUUAGUUGCGUUUCUUUUGUUUGCUAGAUAAAGUUUCGUCUAAGAAGGUGAUAAUAAAAAUUAGAAUAAUAAUAACACUUUCUAUUUGCAUAACGCGAAAAGUCAAAGUUAAAUAAAUACUUUAUUCUUAUUAAUUGAACAAAUGUAUUAUAAUAAAAAAGUAAAAAA